GACUGCUUCAAGCCUUUGACACAGAAGAUUGAGUGGCACUGCAAUGAAAGGAGACGCUGCAAAAGCAGGCCUCCACAAUGGCAUCAGCCAAGCCAAGGACCUGCUUCCCCCCUCGGAGGAGAAGAUGGAGGAGCGGGGCCAGUGGAGCAACAAGAUAGAGUUUAUUCUGUCGGUCGCAGGCUCCAUCAUCGGCCUGGGCAACAUGUGGCGCUUCCCUUACCUCUGCUACAAGAAUGGAGGAGGUGCGUUCCUCAUCCCCUACCUGAUCUUCCUCUUCACCUGUGGCGUUCCCGUCUUCUUCCUGGAGACUGCUCUGGGCCAGUACACCAGCGAGGGGGGCAUUACAUGCUGGAGAAAAAUCAGUCCCUUGUUUGAAGGUCUUGGCUAUGGUACCCAGGUGAUUGUGACUCUGUUGAACUUUUACUACAUCAUUGUUCUGGCCUGGGGGAUUUUCUACCUGUCCUUUUCCUUCUCCUGGGACCUGGCCUGGUCAUCCUGCAACAACUCAUGGAACACAGAAAACUGCGUGGAGUUUCAGAGGAGAAACACCUCAAUCAACCAAACAAUCAACCUAAACAUCACUUCUCCUGUCAUCGAGUUCUGGGAGAGAAGAGCGUUGAGGAUUUCCCCAGGCAUUGACCAGAUGGGCUCUCUGAACUGGGACCUGGCCCUGUGCCUGUUCAUCGCCUGGGUCAUGUGCUACUUCUGCAUCUGGAAGGGGGUGAAGUCCACGGGAAAGGUGGUCUACUUCACUGCGACCUUCCCCUAUGUGAUGCUCAUUGUGCUGUUGAUCAGAGGGCUCACCCUGCCUGGCGCUGGCAUCGGCAUCAAGUUCUACCUUUAUCCAGACCUGGGACGACUGGCGGACCCCCAGGUCUGGAUGGAUGCUGGCACCCAGAUCUUCUUCUCCUACGCCAUCUGCUUAGGGGCGCUGACUGCUCUGGGGAGCUACAACAAAUAUAACAAUAACUGUUACAGAGACUGCCUGUCGCUGUGCUUUCUAAACAGCGGCACCAGUUUUGUGGCGGGCUUUGCAAUCUUCUCCAUCCUGGGUUUCAUGUCGUAUGAACAGAAUGUUCCCAUCUCAGAAGUGGCAGAAUCUGGUCCGGGCUUGGCCUUCAUAGCUUACCCCCGUGCUGUGUCCAUGAUGCCUUUCUCUCCUCUGUGGGCUGCCCUCUUCUUCAUCAUGAUUGUGUUUCUGGGGCUUGACAGCCAGUUUGUGUGUGUGGAGAGCCUUGUGACGGCGAUUGUGGACAUGUACCCUGCUGUGUUCCGACGUAAAAACCGCAGGGAGCUCUUCCUAUUAGGUGUUAGCCUUUUCUCCUUUUUCAUGGGCCUCAUCAUGCUGAUGGAGGGAGGCAUGUACGUCUUCCAGCUGUUUGAUUACUAUGCAGCCAGUGGCAUGUGUCUUCUUUUCAUGGCCAUCUUUGAGACUGUCUGCAUUGCAUGGGUCUAUGGUGCAGAUCGCUUUUAUGACAACAUUGAGGACAUGAUUGGCUACCGCCCAGGACCUUACAUCAAGUACUGUUGGUUGUUCUUCACCCCAGCCACAUGCAUUGGUACCUUUGCUUUCUCCCUCAUCAAAUACACUCCCCUAAAGUACAACAAUGAGUAUGUGUACCCGUGGUGGGGCUAUGCCAUUGGAUGGCUGCUUGCUCUCGCCUCAAUGGUCUGCAUCCCGUUUUGGAUGGUGUACAAGAUCAGUACCACCCAGGGGACAUUCAGAGAGCGCAUCCAGCUGCUCAUCACACCAUGUGACAGCUUACCCAAAACCAAGAGGGAGCAGGAGAGGUUAUUGGCCAUCUUUGCUCCUGGGGGAGAUGCCACCUUGAAUACAAAUGGCUACUAUCCUGUCUCAGAGAGAGACUCCAACUUAUGAGGCCCCCCGUGGUGAUGUGUACUAGAAAGACAUGUGGGGUUUUAGUUCCAUCCUUGACUUGCUGCACCCUUGCCUCCAUCCCAAAGAUCACAGCAGGGAAAGAUACAAUAAAGUGUCACAUCACAUACUUUAAUACAGGACAGAUAUGGAGGACUCAGGAGAUAAUAUGCCUACAGUGUGUUGGGUUUGGCAACGCCUGUACAUUUCAGGGAUGGCAGCAAUUUGAUAAAAGAAAGAUAAAGAAAAAUAAAUAAAAAAGUCAUUUAUUGUUUAUCAUUUAUUGGAUUACUUAGAAGUUUUAGAGGGGACAAGGGCAUUUAUUUCAGGGACAAAAGUCAUUUACUCUCUCAAACUGUAAUCUAUUUCACAGAUGGUGUAAAUGAACUAAUUCAAGGUCAGCCUUGUUCUGAGAAAAUGUUACAAUUUUAUAAUAGAAGUUAAAGGCAUUUUCAUCUCAUUCACUGGAGAGUGGCACACAGGUUCCACCAGAAGUUACAAAAUAGGCCUAAAUGUUCUAGCUGCAUACUAAGGAUGACUUUUGUCCAAAUAUAACACAGCCAAAUCACCACUGAAAAGUGGGCUGCAUGUCUCCUUGUGUAUCUGACAUCACUUCAUGACUACAUAGCCAUAUUUGUAUCAUAUAUUGUAUUAUCAUAACAGACUGGUGGAAUUUUCCAUAUUGUAUUUACAAGAAUUGAAAUAAAAUGUUAUGUGUGAUGGGAAGAUAUAAUGUCCGUGAAAAUUAUAAUAUUGUAGCAAUGCGAUAGCAGUAGGACUAACAUGACAAUGUAGUUUCAUAUUUUAUGCUGUAACAUAAUAUGACUGUACAAAGAAAUGUGAA